AUGAGGCUCGCGGCCUGCGCCCUACUAUGUGUAGGGGCCUUGGGGCUGUGUCUGGCUGACCUUGACAAAACCGUAAGAUGGUGCACCGUGUCUGACCCCGAGGCCGCAAAGUGCUCCAGUUUCCGCGACAGUGUAGGAGAAGUCUCCCCAGCAGAUGGUCCCUUUGUCACCUGCGUGAGAAGAACCUCUUACCAUGAGUGCUUCCUGGCCAUUAAGGCAAACCAAGUGGAUGCCGUAACGGUUGAUGGAGGUUUGACACUCAAGGCAGGCCAGGCGCCCUACCUGCUGAAGCCGGUUGUGAUGGAAUUCUAUUUAUCUAAAGAUGAACCACAGAGCUACCAUUAUGCCGUGGCCGUGGUGAAGAAGGACAGCGGCUUCCAGCUGAACCAGCUCCGAGGCAAGAAGUCCUGCCAUCCAGGCCUGGGCUGGGCUGCUGGGUGGCACAUCCCUGCUGGAGAACUGCUUUCUUCGGACUCCUCUGCAGCAGGUAGACCAUCAGGGCAUGUGGCAUGCUGGGAGUCAGCAGCAGCCAAGGUCUUCUCCAGCAGUUGCAUCCCCUGUGCAGACGGGAAGAUGCUGCCCCAGCUGUGUGAGCUGUGUGCGGGAAAAGGGAAGAACAAGUGUGCCUGCUCCUCCCAUGAGCCGUUCUUUGGCUACUCAGGUGCCUUCAAGUGUCUGGAGGAUGGUGUUGGGGACGUGUCCUUUGUCAGGCACACGACGGUGUUCGAGAACCUGCCUGACAAGGCUGACAGGGACCAGUAUGAGCUGCUGUGCCCAGACAACACCCGCAAGCCAGUGGACGAGUAUGAGCAGUGCCACUUGGCUCGCGUCCCUUCACAUGCCGUCGUGGCCCGCAGUGUGGAUGGCAAGGAGGACCUCAUCUGGGAGCUUCUCAACCAGGCCCAGGAACACUUUGGAAGAGGCAGCUCAUCGGGAUUCCAGCUUUUUGGUUCUCCUCACGGAAGAGACCUGCUGUUCACAGAUGCUGCCCAGGGAUUUAUCAGGGUCUCGCCUAAAAGAGACACCAAGCAUGUGUCUCCCAUUCAGAGACUAAAGAGAGGUACUUGCCCCAUCCUAGGCGUGGAAGACCCACGGAAGGUGCGGUGGUGUGCCGUGGGCCCCCACGAGAGGGCCAAGUGUGAUCAGUGGAGUGCAGUGAGCGGGGGCGCUUUGGCAUGCACCACGCAGGACAGCCCCGAGGACUGCGUUGCUGCCCUCACGAAGGGAGAAGCUGAUGCCGCGAGCGUGGAUGCUGGCCUUGUCUACCUAGCAGGCCGCUGCGGUCUGGUACCUGUCCUGGCAGAGAACUACGAUGCUAAGAAUAGCACCGAAAGGCUUGGGUGUGUGAACAGACCCGAGGAAGGUUACUACGUCGUGGCUGUGGUUAAGAAGUCAGAUCCCGACAUCACCUGGAUGUCUCUGCAAGGAAGGAAGUCCUGCCAUCCGGCAGUUGGCACAUCCGCAGGCUGGAACAUCCCCCUGGGUUUAAUAUACAACCAGACUGGGUCUUGCAAACUCGACGAGUUCUUCAGCCACAGCUGUGCCCCUGGCUCUAACCCGGGGUCCCGUCUCUGUGCCCUGUGUGGGGGCAGCAGCAGCAGUCCUGCCCAUACGUGCGUUCCCAACAGCCAAGAGAAGUACUAUGGUUUCAGCGGGGCCCUCAGGUGUCUGGUUGAGAAGGGUGAUGUGGCCUUCGUGAAGCAUAGCACGAUCCUGCAGAACACUGGAGGCAGGAACCCCGAAGCAUGGGCUAAGGAUCUGAAGGCAGAAGACUUUGAACUGCUGUGCCUCAAUGGCACCAGGGCGCCUGUCGGUGAGGCUCCCAGCUGCCACCUGAGCCGAGUGCCAAACCAUGCUGUAGUCUCAAGGAAAGAGAAGGCAGAUUUUGUCAGCAGGAUACUCUUCAACCAGCAGGAACUCUUCGGAAGAGAUGGAUUUGAAUACAGGAUGUAUCAGCUAUUUGGGUCCUCCACCCGGGACCUGCUGUUCAGUGAUGACACGGAAUGCCUGGCCAACCUUCAGAACAAAACCACCUAUGAAAAAUACCUAGGGCCAGAGUAUCUGAAGGCUAUUGCUGACAUAAAACCGUGCUUAAGCUCCAAACUUCUGGAUGCCUGCACAUCCUUGGGGAAUUAGUGGCAGAUCCCUGUGGGCGGCUCAAGCAGAGUGUGGCUACAUCCUCCCAUGCCUUUCUAAAUUCACAGCGAUCCUCUGUGGUGAUUCUGUGCUGUAAGUGAUGCAAAAGUUAAAAUGAAUAAAAAUUGUGUCUUCUUUGGAAA